AUGGAAGAUAGCCUACCUCAAUCUUGGAAGCCACAUAUCCUCAAACCAGAAGAUUAUGAUGAAUUGAAAGCUUUGAUUUCGAGCAUUCAAGAGGAAAAGAAUGGAACCAUUACACAUCCUUUAGCUGCACGAAUCCAUCUAGAAAGAUUGGUUGAACGGUAUUGGGAACGAAAAGCGCAAGAGCAACAAAGAGAGAAUGAUCAGGAUGAGGUAACACCCGAAGCGCCAGAAGAAGAAGAAGAAGAAGAGGAAAGCUUGGAGGAGCUGCGAUUACGGAUCUUACAGCAUCCCGUCUAUGCAACCGUACCGACGGUCUUUCGAUGGCCUAUUUUGACUUCUCAGCUAGUACGACCGGAAUGGUCCUUAGCAGAUGAAGUUAUGGUAAUCUUAACAAAGCAAUCUGUAAGAGCGUCACGAAGCAGCCACCAUUCAAAUACUGAAGAAGAUACUGCAGAGACUUUGACUGAAGACCAAGAGGAAAGUCAGCCUCCACCAGCAACGCAAUCCGAAACUGUAGAACAUCCGUCCCUUGAUGGAGAAGAGGAUGAGAUCCCACCCUCAUUUGCCUUGCCGAUAAUCAAUCAGUGUCAAACAUCUCUUCAAGCCCUGCUAGAGUCCUUGUCCGAUCGAAUUCCAAUCGGGCGAGGCAAUGGACAAAAGCGUAUGCAAAGGCGUGAUAUUAUAACCUGGCGAGAUGUACUGAAAAGUGUCAAAAGCCUUCUUCCGCCAACUCAAUCACCUGAAGAGGUCGUACAAAGGAUUGAAGAGCGAAUGCAUGCAAUUGCCGGUUCCGCAACGGUCUUCCCGAGCGCUGCUGUUCUGACAAACCUUGGCAGAGAGCAAGGUGCAUUGGCUAAAGUGUUGAGGAAACAGGCUCCUAUACUAACUCAUCAAUCGGAAAAUGCACAUAAACUCUUCCCUCAUAACGAUCAGACAAAGAAACGACGUGCUUUGCAAAACCGAUUGCGUGAGAUGGAUCAAGAUCUUUUUCUCAGUCCGGAUCGCUUCAGACAUUCUCUCUUACAACCUUCACCUUCUGAGCAGAACUUGUACAAACGUCAAAGAUUCUAA